AUGCUUCCAACUGUAUCAGAAAAUCAUGAGACACACUAUCAACAACAGCAACAAAAUCCGCAGGCUUCACCAAGCUCUUCAAAUUCUCGACAGCGUUCUAUUAACGAAAAUUCACGACAUGUAUACAGAGGAAUUCAAGGAACAAUAUCAAGGUCAAAGUCGGUUUCGGUUCCCGCUGAAUAUGGGGUUCCUUAUACAGUCGCGAUUCGAGAGCCACGUUCUUUAAAUAGAUCUGCUAGUAACAAAGCUUCUUCGAAUGACGAAAGAGAAAUUACAGAAAAUGUAAUAAAUUUUGCUCCAUCACAGGCUCCGCAAGUUAGUGUUAUUGUGAGUUUGGGUGAGGAAAGGGAAGGAACAAGAAAUAAACAUCGAAAACAUUGUGCACCCGGUUGCACACGUUUUUGUUUAUGUAUCCCAUUAUCGUAUGGUGUAUAUUUUAUCUCUUGGAUAUGGACACUUCAUGGUUUGUGGCUAUUACUUGUAACUGGAUUAACUAUGCAUGAACGUGAAAAAAAUGGUAUCCCUAAACCUAUAUUAAUAUUGUUGAUAUUGAUAGAAGCUAUAACAUUAUUGCUUGCUGUCUUUGGUUUAGUAGCUACCUAUACGUUGGUAAUUAUAUUUCAGUUAAUUAGAAGUUCUGUUAACACAUUCAAAUGCUAA